AUGUCGCAAGAAAAUCAGUCCCCUAAUCCAAGAGAAUCUGCAUCCGUCAGGCAAAAUGAGCCUGGCUUUCCAUUCCAUGAACAGAGUGGGGACCAACCGCUUCUUACGCCCUCAGCACGGGUUUUAAUUCCCGAAACGCCAGGUGCCAGUCAUCGUCCAUAUCGAUCUCGUCCAACUUCGUCUAAUGCUAGUGCAAGCUCACCUCCAAAGUUAAGCAGACGUAAAUCUUCAUUUGUACCUUCUGAAGAGUCCGAAGAUUCUGAUGAAGAUUCCGAUGAUUCUAAGAAUUCCAAAAAACGGGCCAAGAGAAAGGGCUUAAAAAAAAGGGACAGACAAGAGGUAAUCAAUACUAUGCAUCCAUUUGGUAUGCCAAUAUGGAAAUCUGCCUUAUAUAAAAAAUCUCGGUCUGUAAUCCGAGAUGCUAAUUCCGCCUUACAUUCGACACCAACGGCGGAAUUAUAUAUGUAUCCUGGAAAUAUAGUAUGGGCCAUAGUAUUUGGAUGGGAGUUAGCACUUGUUUCAUUUAUUGUUUCAUUGUUUUUGUCUAUAACACCAUGUGGUGGCGAGAGAUAUGCACUUGUUUUAAGAGAGUUAAGUUACUACAUAUUAUGGCCUUUCGGGAAAUACGUUGAAAAAAUUGACGAAUGGACUGAGGAAAAUGAUGAGUACAGCGUUAGUAUGAAUCACUCUGAUCAUCAUGAUAGUGAUUCGGUAAUAGGUAAUGGUAAUGGAAUAGAUAUUGAAAGUAAUAACCCAUUAUUGGGACGUAGGACAAGCUCCGGAUAUAUUCGACGGUUUGAACGCGAGAAACAUGAAUGUUUUGGAUUUGGAAUAGCAGAAUUCGUUUUUUAUUUUUGGUAUUUUUUAGUUAUUGCACCUCUAUUCCUUAUUGUUUCCGCCUUAUGCUGGUUCUCCGUUAUUGCCAUUCCAAUGGCAAAGCUCACUUAUGUAGUUUCAAGACAUUUACGAAAGCACCCACUUUUAAUACAUUUUAAAUCUGGAUCAUCAAUGUCUUCAUCUUCCAACCGAUCCUCGAUUUUAUUGUGUACAUAUAAGGCAAUUGGCCUAUAUUAUAAGUAUACAUAUGAUGGUGUUAACAUUAUAUUUAUUAAUCUCAUGCCUAUUGUUGUAUUUGCAAUAAUCGAUAAUUAUAUAAUUAGUGAAAUGACAUCUGAUCCAGAGAACCAUAUCAUAACUUCAGCUGGUUUUAUCUUCUCUAUUGCACUCGUUUCUGUAGUACCUCUUUCUUAUUUUAUUGGGAUGGCAGUAGCAUCUAUUUCUGCACAAUCCUCAGCUGGUCUUGGUGCUGUAGUCAAUGCUACUUUUGGUAGUAUUAUAGAAAUCAUUUUAUAUUCAAUUGCAUUGACUCAAGGAGAAGGUAAACUUGCCGAAGGCAGUAUUAUCGGGAGCUUAUUGUGUGGUGUACUCCUUCUGCCUGGUUUGAGCAUGAUUAGUGGAGGAUUGAAACGCAAAGAGCAAAAAUUUAAUGCUAAGAGUGCAGGUGUAACUUCAACAAUGCUUAUUAUGGCGAUUAUUGGAGCUCUUACACCUACUCUAUUUUAUCAAACUUUUGCUCCGUAUCGAAUGACUUGUAGAACUGAAGUCUGUGAGAGUUCUAAUGAAUCCUAUUGUCAAAUAUGUCAGCAUACUCAAAUCGAUCCUAUAGAAACGAAAUUAUAUCUUCACUACGUUAAGCCGUUGAUGUAUUUCUGUGCAACUAUCUUGCUUCUGUCAUAUGCUAUUGGUCUAUGGUUCACUUUACACACUCAUGCUGCUUUAAUGUGGCAAUCCGGUCAUAAUGCACCAGAAUCUGAACAAUCCAUCUACAGACGACUUGUUCCCCUUCAUAUAUUACAACAAAUACUGCCACAUUCAUCACAAAAUGGUACUACCCCUACCGUUCGUUCUGUGUCAGAACAUGACCCAAAUACUGAUAUUAGUCAGAAUCCACCUUUAACCGAUCACAACAUUCAUUUGGAUACAAUUGCAGCAGCAGUAACUUUAGCAGAAAAUCAACAAUUGAGACCUGAGUAUGAAUCGGAGGAAGAAGCAAUUGGACAUGAUUCACCAAAUUGGAGCAAAACGAAGAGUGUAGUUGUGUUAAUAACAUGUACAGUUUUAUACACGCUUAUAGCAGAAAUGUUAAUAAGCAAUGUUGAAGUUUUGUCUAAAUCCGAUGAUAAAAAGCUUCUAGGGUUAACACUAUUUGCAAUAGUUCCAACAUUCACAGAGUUUGUGAAUGCAAUGGGAUUUGCAAUGAAUGGAAAUAUCGCACUUAGCAUGGAAAUUGGUUCUGCAUAUGCAUUACAAGUUUGUUUAUUACAAAUUCCAGCAAUGGUUGCAUUUUCAGAAUAUUACAAUAGGAAUACUGAUCCGGUACACCAAGUGAAUCAUACAUUUACGUAA